AUGAGAAAGAAGCUUGACACCCGUUUUCCUGCGGUACGUCUCUUCCUACUGUUCUCUCUCUCUCUCUCUCCCUCUCUACGUUCAUCCAUGCGGCUGAUGGUUUCUUCCGGGCUCCUACUGGAGCUCAUAAUACUGCUAAAUCCAUCUGUAUUUUAUUUGAAAAUCAGUAGGGUUUUGUGCCUAUGCAUUGCUGGCGAUUUCAAGAUGAUUUUCUGUUGAAGAAACAUCCGGACUGUGGUUGGUGUUUUGGUUUUUGCCUUCUGUUUGCUUGCGCCAGGGCUGGCCCCGGUCUUUAAGUUUUCUAUCGCAAAGAUUUAAAUCCUUGCUCUCAGAAAUCGGCAACCCUAGGGAUUCCAGGUUCUUAAUUAUCUGAUCUCGUACGGUGCCCUAACUUUAAUUUGGGUGAAGAACUUGAAAGCAUAUCUGUUUCGAUGAUUUCCAGAAAUUUUGGUUUCAUCUACGGCCAUGGUUUAGAUCAACCAUUGGAGGGGAUCACAAAUGUCUCGAACGCAGCGCUUAAACUUGCUCCGAGGACGAUCAAAGGGAUCGUAGCUCCUCACCAGGAGAAAUCCAUUGCUGCAUGUUGGUUGAGUUCAAGAUAUCCAAAUCUGAGAGAUUAAGAAUCUGAGAAGGGAUUGGAACUGAGUUUCUUUGGCUGGCUUAAACCCAGAAUCUCACCCUUUUUAAUCUGUCAAAAAACUACCGGAAAAAGCCCAUAGAGGUACUGCAGUUGAGAAUCAAUUCAGAGGCUGCGGCGUUUCUAGGGUUUCCUGAUUAUCUUUCCAGCAGUGUAUGAGACCCUAAUUAGUUCCCUCCCCAUCACUCAGCUUUCUCCUUCAUCUCCAUCCUGCUUCACGCAUCUCCUUCUAUGGAUUGAGCUUUGUCAACUUGAACCACUAUUUACUAUCUGAGUUUGAUAUAAAUAUGCUGAACAAAAGUAGUGAUCGUAAUGAACUAACUGACGGGGUGGUUAAUUCAUGCCAACAAUCCUAGCUCCUGUGCAAAAAUCCGAUCUAAAUAACGCGAGGUACUCAUUCAAUAAGGUGUUUUUCUCAAACCUGAUCGACUUUUCCUGGUUUUUCGGUGUGUAGGCCACAGCAGAUACAUAAUUACAAUUAUUAAGUUUAUAAAAAAACUCCAAAGAGUUCCUUGCCAUCGUUGUCAGCCCCUUUAAUGAGUUGUAUAUGAAUUUCUUGUGAUUUUACGAUCGUAAUUGGUGGCUUCAUGUGUCGUGUGUAUUCUUCUGCAGGCACGAAUCAAGAAGAUCAUGCAAGCAGAUGAAGAUGUGGGGAAGAUUGCGAUGGCUGUUCCUCUUUUAGUAUGUGAGUCAGGAGGUCCCUCUCAUGUGUUCAACGCCAUAGACCUUAAAGUUUGUUCCUAUUGUUGCCAUUUUCCUUGCUCUGAUCAUGCGGAAAAUCUCUAUCUUGAUUUCGAGAAUUCAGAAUUGACCAAGGUAGACAACUGUCUUUGAAAAUUCCAGCUGAAAAUUUCGCCAGUUUCUUGGGGAAUGAAUCCAAUUAUUGUUGAUUUUCGUAAUGUCAUGUCACGGACCCUUUCGAGUUGAUCGUAGUUUUCAUAUAUCUGAUUAAAUUUGAAGCCGAUGCAUAAUCCAACCAGACGAUGGAAAUUCAAUUUACCUCUCUCUCUCGCUCGCUCGCUCGCACUGGUUUAUGUUCCUAACUCUGUUGUAUGCGGAUUUCAGCUAAAGCGUUGGAAUUAUUCUUGCAAGACCUCUGUGACCGGACGUAUGACAUAACUCUGCAGAGAGGUGCCAAAACGAUGAGCUCCUUGCACCUGUAAGUCACCUCAACUUUGAACUAGUCCAGUAUUAGCCAAAAUCGUGUUGACUUAUGGUUCUUGAGAACCACAAUGAGGGGGUCACGUCCAAUUUUAGUCGAGAUGGUGUCAACUUUUGUAGCUCUCGAGAACCAUUAUAAGGGUCCAGUCCAAUUUUAGCCGAGAUGGUGUUGACUUUUGUACCUCUCAAGAACCAAGAUGAGGGUCAUCUUUGGGAAAAUGCUUUCGCCAGCAUUUGAUGCUGUUUAUUGACUUCUAGUUUAGAUAACGGUCAUCGUAGGGUCAAGUCCAAUUUUAGCCGAGAUGGUGUUGACUUUUGUAGCUCUCAAGAACCUUGAUGAAGGUAAAGUCCAAUUUUAGUCGAGAUGGCGUUGGCUUUUGUGGUUCUCGGGAACCUCGAUGAGGGUCAUCGUUGGGAAAAUGUCUUGGUCAACAUUUGAUGUUUUUUAAUGACUAUCCAGGAAGCAAUGUGUCCAAAGUUUUGGCGUCUUUGAUUUUCUGCGGCACAUUGUUAGCAAGGUUCCGGACAUUGGUCACUCGGAUACUGGCGGGGAGGACAGACCAGCCAGAAAAAGGUUCGAGAGAGAAACAGUUCUUGCGCUGUCACCUCUUAGUGAAUUCCCACUGGAAGGCCACCCUCACCCAGCUGUUGCGACUUUCUUUCCAGAAAAGCCUUGGAGGGGGAGGAUAAUGAGACUGAUGAGGAUAUGAAGAGGAGCAAGGCCGUAAGAGGAUCUUACCCAAAAGACUAAUGAUAAUCUUCUCAGCUCGCUUGAUUCUUGAGUGAAACACUGAAAGCGCCAUUGUUGUUUGUGUAGCAGGAGUUGGUAGGCCAUGGUGGUGGUGGUGGCGGUGGCGGUGGCCGAGGGCGGGGCAGGGGUCGAGGGAGAGGGCGUGGCCGGGGUGCGGGAGCAGCCGACCAUGACCUGCCAUCCAACAAGGCCGAAGAUAAGCUGAGACAGGUCCCCUCUUCUGAUCAGUGGAAGAACAACCUUGAUGCCAGAGAAUCGAAGGAAGCCACUGCAGUCUCUGAUGAUGGGUCGUUCUCGGUGGUGCGGAACUUUGACCUAAAUGAAAACCCAGAUGGUAAUGGGAGCACGGCAGUGGUUCCAACCACCAGCAGCACCACCACGGCUGCUGUCACCGCUCCCAUUCCUGAUGCCAAGCCAGAAGAAGAAGAGUACCCAGAAGGCUGGCCGCUCCUCGGCAUGGGCAAGAUGGGGAUAGAUCCGCUCCAGUUUGCUUUGUCGAAGAGACCGCUGGAGGAUGAAGAAGAAGACUAUGACAACGAAGAUGGGUGA